AUGGCCGUAGACGGCGGUGGCAGCCCACACGAUCUGGUGGUACAGUCAUGGAUUAUGUAUGCCAUUGGCAUUGCUUUGUACCUGCUUCGACUAUAUGCUCGAUAUGACCGGUUGGGCUUAAAAUGGCAGGCGGAAGACUUUAUAAUGACCCUGUCAAUUGGCUGGUAUACUGCGCUGGUCGUGACCAAUAUACAAUUGGCAGAAGGCGGUGGAGGCACGCUUUACACGCCAGAAGAGUUUGCUACAUUCAGUCCGCAGGAUAUAUUGGACAGAGAACAAUUUGCUAGAGUUGAAUUUGCUUCGGAGCAGUGUAUGGUCAAUACGAUCUGGUUUCUGAAAGCUUGCAUGCUCAUCAUCUAUUGGCGCAUGACUACAAAUCUUCUACGACAAUUCUGGGUCAAAGUCUGCGCUGGAUAUACCCUUGCAGGAUAUAUCGCUGUGGAACUCACUCUUUUCCUAAACUGCCGUCCGUUCUCGGGAUAUUUUACCAUUCCACCGCCUCAGCAAGAAUGCGCCACAUACUUCAACUAUGAGGUCGUUCAAGCAGUUUUCAAUAUCUCUUCUGAUCUGGCCAUCCUGUUGGUCAUCAGUCCGACCCUGUGGAAGAUGAACAUGUCGAAUAAAGAGAAAGUCCCAAUCCUCAUCAUUUUCGGGUUGGGAUUCUUCUUGAUCGUUUGCGCCAUUGUUUCCAAAAUCUUCACGUUCCGCGAUAUAUACGACACUUCUUACCAAUUCUGGUACUUACGAGAAGCCUCCGUCGGCAUCUACGUUUCCAACCUCCCAUACGUCUGGUCGUUCCUUCGCCGGACAAUUAAAUUCCUCCAUUCCACCGCUACCGGGACGAGGAAGAGUUCUCAUCGGCUAUACUACGGUGGAAAGACUAACGAUAACACCUUCACCGGCCAUACCGGGGCCCGAAGUCGGAAUUUCUCAGCCAUCACAUCUAACCACGAUGAUAUGCACAUGGGUCGAAGUGAGAGCGAAGAGCAUAUAUUUGGCGGCAUAGCCACGGAGACUCGGGUGCUGGGUGGUGACGUACACCUGGGCGAUGUUAAUCCUGCCAAACCAUACAAUAUCCACAAGACAACUGAAAUCCACAUUGCAAGCAGCGAGAGCAAUGCUACGUUUUUUCCACCCUCUCGGUAG